UCUUCGGCGCUCGUAGAUUUACGGUAAAGCAGGACGUGUUCGUACUGGGUUUGUAGUUUUUGUAGGAAAUGUUUUGAGCAGCGCUGAGAUGGUGUCACAGAUGUGUUGACUCGGUGUUUUAGUUCAGUUCUCUCUGGUUUAAGCGGCACUGAUGUAUCCGAGGAAGAAUGUCGACGGAUCUGUUGUUAGACGUCGAGGCUCCACCGAGACGGAGUCAGUGCGAGGCGAUGAACAGGGAGCCGGGGGAGCCGAUCUCCGACAUCUCCAUCGACCAGGACGGAGAGUGGGAUAUCAGUUUGUUUGAUGAGCUGGGUGACCUGGGCGAUGCUGAGGAGCUCCUGCGGGCUCUUGAGGGCGCUAGCUAUCUCGGCGGUGCAGCUGAUCUGAACUUCGACAUUGGUCUGCCUGUGUGGAACUCUGAUGGCUGGGGGGACACCAGCAGUAUCUGCACAGAUGGAGAUAUGUCAGCAGAUUCUCUCUCUCCGAGCCACACACUUAGUUCAGUGUCUUCACCUAGGUCAGUGGAGGCCCACUCACCAUAUUCUCUACAAGAUGAAGCUCUAUCUCCACUCUCUCCUCAGUCACAGCACUCUCCGAUGUCUGUCUGUUCAGACUCGAGUGGCUUUAUUGAUGCUCCCCCUGAGAAGAAGCCAACCAAGAAGAGCAGUCAGACAAGAGCUAAGCCUCUCCAGCUGGCAAAAAGGCCCAUUCAUCUGAGUCCUAAAGUUUCCAUCCAGCCCAAACCAAUCAUCACUGCAGUGCCUAUCACACAGGCCACAGCUCCACUUCAGGCCAAAACCAUCAUCAUCCAGCCCCUCCAGACCACCAUAAUGCCUGUGGUCAAACCUCCACCAGUGACCAUUCAGCCAGCACCCCCUACAGGCCGUCCCAUCUUGCUGUCUCAGCCCACCCAGGUGCUGCAGCUCCAGCCCCCUCAGGCAGUGCCUGCUCGUGUGCUCACCAUGCCCACCAUGGCUCAAGAGAGGCCUGUUAACCUCUCUGCCCCUGUGGUGCCCUCGCCUGUCUUAACAGUCCCUUUCCAGAACCCCACAUCAGACGACGACUCCAACGUUUCGAGGCGGCAGCAGCGGAUGAUUAAGAACAGAGAGUCAGCAUCUCUCUCACGAAAGAAAAAGAAAGAGUACCUGCUGACGUUGGAGUCCCGGCUGAAAGUGGCGCUGUCUGAGAAUGAAAAGCUGAAAAACGAGAACGGGACUCUGAAGAGGCAGCUGGAGGGCCUGAUGAGUGAGAACACUGUACUAAAUGCUACUGCUCCAAAGAGGAGGGCAGUGUGCCUCAUGGUAGUCCUGGUUUUCCUGUUCAUCAACAUAGGUCCAAUGAGUUUGUUUGAAGGGCGAACAGGAUCUGAGUUCACAGCAGGGCCCAGUUCGAGUGGCAGGCACCUGCUGGGCUUCUCUCCAGAGAUAGACAGUGGCCUAGGAGGCAGCGCGUCUGACUCUGAGCCACCUCAUACCACACACAGGUUAGAAGACUUGGAAUCAGUAUCAGAAGAGAAGGGUCUGGUAGUGGUGAAGACAGAUCCUCUGGUCCUGAGACCCCCACCCCCCUGCCAGCCACCGGUCAACAAGACCAAGUGCAUGAAGCUGGCCAGUGAGCUGAGGGGAUGGGUGUACCGCCAUGAGUCCGAGCGGACCAAGAGCUGGCGUCCCAGCAGCACUCAUCCUAGAGGCAGAACCAUCCCGAAAACGGGCAGUAAGAAAGCAGAGGUAGCACAGAUUGUGACUGUCCAGUAUUCUGACUCGCCUGAAAAACGGCCCUUAGACGGCAACGAGCUGCAGGUGUACUAUGCCCCUCACCACCCGUACAGCAACUUCUUUGAUGAGAUCAACCGACGAGGAGACACCUUCUAUGUGGUCUCUUUCCGCAGAGAUCAUCUUCUCCUUCCUGCCACCAACCACAACAAAGGAAGCAGGCCCAAGAUGUCCGUGUUGCUGCCAGCAAUGAAUAUCAAUGAGAGCGUGAUAAAGGACAAAGAGUUUGAGGUGAUGAUGCAAAUCGACUGUGAAGUCAUGGACACCAGGAUUCUGCACAUCAAGUCCUCCACUAUCCCACCAGUCCUGCGGGUCAACGAAACAGACUCUGGCUCUUUCUACCAUUCGGCCCCUAACAACAAUCCAGCAAAGCCCCCUGUUGUCCUCAUGGGUUCUGCUUAAGUCAGGAUGGAUAUAAUUACCCAAAUAUUUUUUAGUAAAAUAGCUUUCUACUGUUUACCCCCUUUUGUUGGUUUGAAUGUUUUUGUGUGUAUCAGAUUACUAAAAUCUUGAGUGAUGUUUAAGAAGACUGUUUGUAUUGUAAUCAGGAAAGUCUUCAUUUAUUAAAGGUUAUCUAGACCAGUGGUGACCAGUCUUGUCAACACUAGGCCAGUGCAGUUGUACAUUUUCAUUCCAGAUAAGCAGGAUCACACCCAGUCAUUUGUUCGAAGAUUAAGACCUAUUCAAACUAACAGAACAAGCCAUAAUGCCACUGUAAAUAAGACUGGAAACCCCUGAUGUAGACUUGCUGCAUUCUUCUUCAGCUUAUAUUUUCAUCAGUGGUGAAGGGCCAGGGGGGGAGACCCAGCCUCGCUGUAUGUGGCUGAGUACAGCAGAGAGGUUCUGGGCCCCAGCAUCUUCUGACGUCGAGCAUCAGAGUAAUUGGCAAAUAGCCACAGGGGACCAAGGACUGUACCUUGAGGCACCCUCUUUCAAGACACAUACUUUAGCUCCAGUCAGAAUAAUUCCCUGCAUAAAGGAUUUACUCAUUGUGAAUUCAGUCAUGAAUAUUCUCUCAGGAAGCAAUGUAUAGUUGACCAUUGUACCACUCAGAUUUAAAAUGUGAUGCAAUGUGGGUCGCAUUUUGUACUGAUUUUCUGUGUGUGGCUUAUACAAAGAUUUUUUUUUUUUUGUGUGUGUGUUUGUUUGUUUGCACUCUGCUCUCUUUGUGUUAAUCUUUGAAGGCAAUAUUAUUUAUGACAUUUUAAUUACUAAGCUAGUGGCUUAGUGCAUAUAUACAAUAUUUGAAGUCAAACAUUCUUUAUUUCUCAUAAACAAGUUAAAAUGACCUUGUAUUUGGUCUAGUUUCUGGUUCUUUUUAAUUAUUGUGCCAGAGGAAUUCUUGUGUCCUGAUUUAUUGCACUUUGACUAAAGUGCACUUAAGUGAUUUUAUUCCCAGAAAUGUAAGAUUAGCAAUUCACAUGUGCACCCCACCAAUUCUCCCCUAAUCUUUCACCGUCACUAAUUUACACCCACCAGCUAGGACUUCCCUUCUCCUGUGAUGCUGCUAGUUUUAGGAGCACAUGGGGUAAAGGGUAGCAUGUGCAUCAUCUGAAACACCUUUGUAAACUGACACAAAGGCACCACCAGUUUGCAGUUGAACGCCCUUUAAGGAGAACACUACUUGCCAGUUUGAUUGUGCCAACUAACAUACGGCCAUACUGGCUAGCAUUGUGCUGAGUGAUGGGAGGACAGAGAGUCAGUCUACCCACCCUAAGAGAGCGUCAGGCCAGUUGUGCUCUCAGGGACUCCUGAAUACAGGUGGAUGUGGCGACACUGGGGGAUGUAAUCAAUGUGAUCUUUUUUAGUUUUUUUUUUUCUUGCCAGCUUUUGGGUUUUAUACUACAUUUCUUUUUACCCCAUAGCCAUGAUCUUAGUUUAGUUUAGGUUUUUCUUACCAUAAGAAUAGAAAAAAUGAAUCCUAUUUGAACUACAGUAUGCUUUCAGCUUACAGUAAGCUUUCUUUUUGGUCCUGGUUUUAAAUAGUGACCAUAUAGGCAGGGUAGGGUUAUAUUAUUCAAAAUUAGGAAUAUAAUCUAUUUAAAAGAGAAAAUGUUUAUUUUCAUUUUCGGCAUUUUCUUGAAUCUUUUAAAAAAUAUUUUUAAUCUAAAAUAUUUGAUCACUUGAUAUUUGUCAGAAGUGCAGGACUGCAAAACAGAAAUAAACACUGGAGUCAGUUUGA